AUGGCGAACAGGAGGGUGGAGAAUACUACCUACGUCGAGCUCGUCCUCCUCCCGGGCCUGAAGAGCUGUCUCGUCAACCUGCCCGCCUCCCUCGUCUCCCUCCUGCUCAACUCCAACACCGUCGCCCAGAAUGUCGUCGUCGAGCUGCAAUGGCGCCAGCCCUCUCCCUCCAAUGGCGAUCAGCAGCGCGGAAAGCCGGCGGCGAGCACGCAAAGCGCCUUUUUGGGCUGGACGGGCAUGCAGUCGCAGGCCAAAAUGGCAUCCUUGGUGGGAAGAGACGGCAUCAGGUCCGCGAGUGGAGGCAGACAAGAGCAAGACGUGCCCACGGUCGAGAUGGACUCUACAUUUGCGAGGAGACUGGGCUUGAGCGAUGGCGUGAAGGUGUGAGACAAUCUCUACUAUCCAACCGGGCAUAUUGAUUGAGGAAAGUAGGCGAGUGUAUCUCUGCAUGUAGACCCACCACACGCCCAUACCAUCAAUAUCGAACCCCUCACGGCUACGGACUGGGAGAGUAAGCACGCCCACGUCGUAUCAUACUGCACCUGCGACGUCUGAUAUGCUGAUAUCCGCGUGCCUUGUCCAGUCAUCGAGUUGCAUUCGUCCUUCCUGGAGAUGAACUUCCUCUCCCAAGUCCGCGCGCUGCCCAAUCCUGCUGCGGGCCACUCGCACCCAAUCACCCUUCAUCUGACGCCCACGUCCACCGCGAACAUCACAGUCACGUCGCUUGCGCCCGCUCCGGCAAGCACACAGGCCUUCGUCAAGAUAUCCCCCGAUGCCGAGGUCAUUGUUGCGCCCAAGACGAGGGAAAAGUCUAAGCCCGGUAGCUCGAGGGACAACAGGAGUACGGCCAGCACCGGCAGAAGAAGCGCCGGCGGCAGAAGUGCCACCAGUGCUGUCCGCCACAAGAGCGCACACGAGAGCGAAAAGGCAAGGCCUCCCAUUUUCCUGAGGGGCGUCACGCGAGCAUUGAAAAAUGAAUGGUUUGGCGAAAGCGCCGACGAUAUGAAAGACGAGGGACUGAGAAUCUGGGUGGACAGGGACCAUCUGCUCUCCAAAACGUUGCGCGGCGUGUCGUGGGUGACUGUGCAGGUCAUCAAGCCCGCCGGGCUGCAGGAGGCUGUGGAUCCACAGAGCCAACCGCCUCCUGAGUUACAGCCUGCCGCCAGAGUUGUUGCAAAGCUGUGCCCUUGGGAAGAUGCCCCGGAUAGCAGACACGCAGCGCUCUCUACCCGCCUUUGCUCAACUCUCGAAGCAGAUGAUAUUGUCGGAGGCAUCGUCCGCAUUGAUCCUGCUCCGGCCCCUCUGCCCAGAACAGCUUCCGCGUUGAAGGAGCCUUCUCAACAGGCCAGCAAGGAUGCCAUUGUGAAGCGACUCAAGGUGACACCUUUCGCGCCAACCCAAGUACAAAAGAAGAUGGGCGGAAUCAAGUUUGGUGGAGAAUCAAAGACGGAGCGAGAAGAAGCCGCACAGCGUAUCAAGUCCGUGCUUGGCAAAGCUAUCCUGGAAGGUCCGCUCACCCAUGGUAUGCUGCUACCGCCGACAGAUGGCUGGCCGGGCGGCAUCCUGGACUUCGAUCCAGUUCCUCCCGGAGACCCCUCAAAGCCGAGGACUAAUUGGCUUGUUGGUAGUGAGAGGAGGCUAGAGAUUUCCUUGCAAGCCGAGACUGCAAGGCAGAAGGGACCACAGUGGCCACCAGGAGAGAAGCUGCCGGAUGGGACACCGCACAUGGUCGGCAUCGAUUCUGUGAUUGAGCAGACCAAGAAAAGCCUCCUGCACAUGUCUUCUGUCCUGCUCACCGGCGGUCUUGGAUCCGGGAAGUCGCGCUUGUCACACCUCCUUGCUCAGCAGUUACGGAACGAGUACCUCUUCAACAUCAUCUACCUCCCCUGCCGCGCUAUGGUCACGGAAGAAACACGGGUCAAGACCAUCAAAGAAACGCUCCAUCGCGUGUUCGGCUCGGCAGCCUGGGGAGCCCGUUUCGGCGGCCGGGCGCUUGUUAUUCUCGACGACCUCGACAAGCUCUGUCCAACUGAAACCGAGCUACAAGUCGACGCCAACGGUAGAAGUAGACAGGUCAGCGAGCUACUGGGUCCCAUUGUACGUCAGUGGUGCAACCGGGACACUAAAGUGGUCAUGCUGGCAACCGCACAGAGCAAGGAGGCUGUGAACAACAUUGUUAUCGGCGGACAUGUAGUACGGGACAUUAUCGCACUGAAGGCGCCGAGCAAGGACGGUCGACGCAGAGUGCUUGAUCUGCUUGUCAAGCAGGCGCAGAGAGCCGGCAAUAACGACGGUGCGGAGGACGUACUGAGGAACGGCGGUGCUGCUUCAGAAUGGAUGGAAGGAUCGGACGACGAGGAAAAUGCGAGGCCGACCUCUGCUGCUCUCACCAAUGCCGAUCCUGAGGGCAUCAGCAUGAGCCCUCAGCUUGAUCUCUUAGAGAUCGCUGGGGAGACUGAUGGCUAUAUGCCUGGCGAUUUGGCACUUCUCGCGUCUCGAGCUCGCAGUGAAGCAUUGAUAAGAGCAGUUUCGAACGAUUCGGAUUCGGACGAAAUUACUCUGACGGCGGACGACUUUGCUGCUGCUCUGAAAGGAUUCACGCCAGCAUCUCUGCGCGGCGUUACGCUGCACUCCUCGACAACGACGUUUGCCUCUAUUGGUGGUCUGAAGGAGACGCGACAGACCUUGUUGGAGACGCUCCAAUACCCUACGACCUAUGCACCACUCUUCGCGAAAUGCCCACUGCGCUUGAGAUCUGGCUUGCUCCUCUAUGGGUAUCCAGGUUGCGGCAAGACGCUCCUCGCUUCGGCCGUUGCAGGCGAAUGCGGGCUCAACUUCAUUUCUGUGAAGGGACCAGAGAUCUUGAACAAGUACAUCGGCGCGUCUGAAAAGAGCGUGCGAGAUCUCUUCGAGCGAGCUGAAGCGGCAAAGCCAUGUGUGUUGUUCUUCGACGAGUUCGACGCGAUUGCUCCGAAGCGUGGACACGACAGCACUGGCGUCACAGAUCGUGUUGUGAAUAUGCUCCUCACCAUGAUGGAUGGCGCGGAAGGACUCAGUGGGGUUUACGUGCUAGCUGCAACCUCACGGCCUGACCUCAUCGAUCCCGCUCUGCUUCGGCCGGGACGUCUGGACAAGAGCCUGAUUUGCGACAUGCCGAAUGAAGAAGACAGGCUUGAUAUCUUGCAAGCCAUUUCGGGGAAGUUGAAACUGGCACCGAGCGUUGCCGAUGGCACCGGAUCGCAAAGCUUGGAAGAGGUCGCCAAGAGAACUGAAGGGUACUCCGGUGCCGAUCUGCAAGCAGUCAUGUACAACGCUCACCUGGAUGCCAUUCAUGAUGUUCUAGGCUCUACCACUGAUGCUGCCGCACAAGACUUUGGAAAGAGGAAAGCUGACAGCGGAUAUCGUGGGCGGAGUGGCAGUGGCAAGCAGCAAGAUUUCACGUACUUUCGAGUUGAUGAGAUGGCCACUUCAAGUAGUAGUCUGCCAUCACAGGUCAGUCCCCCUGCAGCGGCGGCUGCAGCUGCUGAACGAGCUCAGAUCGCGGCAAAACUCGCUGCUCUUCAGCUGGCUCGUCGGAAAGCAAAGGCAGAGAGGCACGCCGCUCAGGGUCGUCCGCAGUCUUCGUCUGGCCAGAGGCAGACGAACGGCUCAGGGGCCGCCCCAAAGGAUGCUGCGGAACCGACCAUCAAUUGGCGCCAUCUGUCGAAGAGUCUGCAGAGCACGCGAAGCAGCAUCAGCUCCCAGGAGCGAAUGAGGCUGGCUCGCAUCUACAAAGAGUUUGUCGUAGGUAGGAAUGGAGACAUGAGUGACGGACAAGGAAGUAGUGAGAUCGGUGGGAGGACGAGUCUGAUGUAA